CGCCCGGUCUCCAUCUUGGAAUUGGGAGGAAGAGGGAGAGGGAGACCGGGACGAGACCAGGGCUGUGGUGCGGAAAGGCUGAGACUGAGAAGAGGAGAGGGAGAGAGGGCGCGGGACCACCUUUCACUACAGUCUUUCAGCUACCCUCAGGAGAGAGAAGGGGAAAGGGAGAAGGCCGGGGCGGGAGUGGGGGCUGUCACCCUCGGACCCCGGCGUGAAGGAACCGUGCGGCCGGACGUCCUCGGGGUGGGCCCCCUGUUGGUGGCCGAAGACCUGGGACUCAGGCCUUUGGUCCCAUAUUUCCGGGCUUGGCCCUCGCUUCGCAGAUAUCCGGGUAUCAGCUCCUCGGGUCCCAGAUAUCCGGGACUCGGGUCCCAGCCUCCCUAAACCUGGGGAUCUGUUUCAUAGGAUUUCAGAUACCUGGGCUUCAGGCCCCUGCGUGCACCAGUAUCUGGGGUUUAUUCCCCACGCGUUCAAAUACCAGAUUCAGCCUCUCCCGGUUCAGAUUUAAGGGGUUCACACCCCGCAAACCGAAAUCCGGGAUUCAGCAAGUGUCGUCCGCGAGGAGGAGGAGGACUGGACCGCGAGGUCAGAUCAGGUUGUCACCCCCUCCUCUCCAGGGGAGGCUUCCCGGGCCCGCCCCUCAGGAAGGGCGAAAGCUGUGGAAGAGGUGGCAAGGGGGACCGUCUCCUUGCCCCUCUCCCUGCUUGGCAGAACCGCUGGAGGACCCCAGGAGGAGGCGCUGGGGCACCAUAGUGACCCCUACCAGGACAGGCCCCUUUUUCAGGGCCCCCAGGGGCCACCAUGCCAGCUGGGGGCCGAGCCGGGAGCCUGAAGGAUCCCGAUGUGGCUGAGCUCUUCUUCAAGGAUGACCCCGAAAAGCUCUUCUCUGAUCUCCGAGAAAUUGGCCAUGGCAGCUUUGGAGCUGUGUACUUUGCCCGAGAUGUCCGUAACAGUGAGGUUGUGGCCAUCAAGAAGAUGUCCUACAGUGGGAAGCAGUCAAAUGAGAAGUGGCAGGACAUCAUCAAGGAGGUGCGGUUCCUGCAGAAGCUCCGACAUCCCAACACCAUUCAGUACCGGGGCUGUUACCUGAGAGAGCACACGGCGUGGCUGGUGAUGGAGUAUUGCCUGGGCUCAGCUUCUGACCUUUUAGAAGUGCACAAGAAGCCCCUUCAGGAAGUAGAGAUCGCCGCAGUGACCCACGGGGCCCUUCAGGGCCUGGCUUACCUGCACUCCCACAACAUGAUUCAUAGGGAUGUGAAGGCUGGAAACAUCCUGCUGUCAGAGCCAGGCUUGGUAAAGCUGGGUGACUUUGGCUCUGCAUCCAUCAUGGCACCAGCCAACUCCUUUGUGGGCACACCAUACUGGAUGGCUCCAGAGGUGAUUCUGGCGAUGGAUGAGGGGCAGUAUGAUGGUAAAGUGGAUGUCUGGUCCUUGGGGAUAACCUGCAUUGAGCUAGCGGAACGGAAACCACCUCUGUUUAACAUGAAUGCGAUGAGUGCCUUAUACCACAUUGCACAGAAUGAGUCCCCCGUGCUACAGUCAGGACACUGGUCUGAGUAUUUCCGGAAUUUUGUCGACUCCUGUCUUCAGAAAAUCCCUCAAGAUAGACCAACGUCAGAGGUUCUUCUGAAGCACCGCUUUGUGCUCCGGGAGCGGCCACCCACAGUCAUCAUGGACCUAAUCCAGAGGACCAAAGAUGCCGUGCGUGAGCUGGACAACCUGCAGUACCGCAAAAUGAAGAAGAUCCUGUUCCAAGAGGCACCUAACGGACCUGGCGCUGAUGCCCCGGAGGAGGAGGAGGAGACGGAACCCUACAUGCACCGGGCUGGGACACUGACCAGUCUGGAGAGUAGCCACUCAGUACCCAGCAUGUCCAUCAGCGCUUCCAGCCAGAGCAGCUCAGUCAACAGCCUAGCAGAUGCCUCAGACAAUGAGGAGGAGGAGGAGGAGGAAGAAGAAGAAGAAGAGGAAGAGGAAGGCCCUGAAGCCCGAGAGAUGGCCAUGAUGCAGGAGGGAGAGCACACAGUCACCUCCCACAGCUCCAUCAUCCACCGGCUGCCGGGCUCUGACAACCUGUACGAUGAUCCCUACCAGCCAGAGAUGACCCCGGGCCCUAUCCAGCCACCUGCUGCCCCUGCUCCCACCUCUACCACCUCCUCUUCAGCCCGCCGCCGGGCCUACUGCCGCAACCGGGACCACUUCGCUACCAUCCGUACUGCCUCCCUGGUCAGCCGUCAGAUCCAGGAGCAUGAGCAGGACUCAGCCCUGCGGGAACAGCUGAGCGGCUAUAAGCGGAUGCGACGCCAGCACCAGAAGCAGCUGCUGGCCCUGGAGUCAAGGCUGAGGGGUGAGCGUGAGGAGCACAGCGCACGCCUGCAGCGGGAGCUUGAGGCACAGCGGGCUGGCUUUGGGGCUGAGGCAGAAAAGCUGUCGCGACGGCACCAGGCCAUCGGUGAGAAGGAAGCUCGAGCUGCCCAGGCUGAGGAGCGUAAGUUUCAACAGCACAUCCUCGGGCAGCAAAAGAAGGAGCUGGCUGCUUUGCUGGAGGCACAGAAGCGAACCUACAAGCUUCGGAAGGAGCAGCUGAAGGAGGAACUCCAGGAGAACCCCAGUACCCCCAAGCGGGAGAAGGCUGAGUGGCUGUUGCGACAGAAGGAGCAACUACAGCAGUGCCAGGCAGAGGAAGAGGCAGGGCUGCUGCGGCGGCAACGCCAGUACUUCGAGCUGCAGUGUCGCCAGUACAAGCGCAAGAUGCUGUUGGCUCGACAUAGCCUGGACCAGGACCUGCUGCGAGAGGACUUGAACAAGAAACAGACACAGAAGGACUUGGAGUGUGCAUUGCUGCUGCGGCAGCAUGAAGCCACACGGGAGCUGGAGUUACGGCAGCUCCAGGCUGUACAGCGCACACGGGCUGAGCUCACCCGCCUGCAGCACCAGACGGAGCUGGGCAACCAGCUGGAGUACAACAAGCGCCGUGAGCAAGAGUUGCGACAGAAGCAUGCGGCCCAGGUUCGCCAGCAGCCCAAGAGCCUCAAAGUACGUUCAAGCCAGCGUUCCCCGGGCCUCCCAUUCCCCGUUCCCGGGGUUCUGGGACCACCCAGCACAGGCAUCCCUAGAGAAGAGCAGCCCUGUUCAUCUAGCCAGGAGGCAGUCCUGGACCAAAGAAUUCUGGGAGAGGAGGAAGCAGUUCCAGAGAGAAGGAUUCUGGGAAAGGAAGGGACUGCUUUGGAGCCAGAGGAGCAUAGGAUAUUGGAGGAAGAAUCAGGACCCCCUAGGCCCAGUCCACAAAAUCAAAGAAGUUUGGCUGAGGAGGAAGUUUGGGAUCUACCUGCAGAGGUGCUAGAGGAGCUUAGAGUCCCAUCCCUGGCACCCCAAGAAAGGAGCAUCGUGGGCCAAGAGGCAACUGGGGAUUGGAGGUUGUGGGGGAAGGAAGAUGGGAGCUUCCUGGAUGAGGAGUUUGAGCUCGACUGGGUGCAGGGCCCAGCACUCACCCCAGUCCCUGAGGAAGAGGAGGAAGAGGAAGAAGGGGCUCCAGCUAGGACCCUGAGGGAUCCUGAUGAUGGCUGUCCCUUACCAGACAUCCCACCUGAGCCCCCUCCAGCACGUUUGAGACCUGGCCCUACUAGCCAGUUACCUGGACUCCUGUCCCAUGGCCUCCUGGCUAGCCUCUCCUUUGCAGUAGGGUCUUCCUCUAGCCUCCUGCCCCUACUCCUUCUGCUGCUUCUCCCACUGCUGGCAGCCCAGGGUGGAGGUGGUCUGCAGGCAGCCCUGCUGGCCCUUGAGGUGGGGCUGAUAGGCCUAGGAUCCUCCUACCUACUUCUUUGUACAGCUCUGCACCUGCCCCCGAGUCUGUUCCUACUCCUGGCCCAAGGCACUGCAUUGGGAAUUGUAUUGAGUCUCAGUUGGCACCGAGGUCUUAUGGGUGUGCCUCUGGGCCUUGGAGCUGCCUGGCUCCUGACGUGGCCAGGCCUGGCUCUGCCUUUGGCAGCUACGGCAGCUGGUGGCAAAUGGGUGAGACAGCAGGGCCCCCGGAUCCGUCGGGGUAUCUCUCGGCUCUGGUUACGGACUCUGCUGCACCUGUCACCCAUGGCUUUUCGAGCCCUACAGGGUUGUGGGGCUGUGGGGGACCGGGGCCUGUUUGCACUCUACCCCAAGACUAACAAGAAUUGCUUCCAUAGCCGUCUCCCUGUGCCUGGGCCCCGGAGGAAUAAUCCCCGCACUGCCAAACACCCUCUGGCCCUAUUGGCAAGGUUUUGGGCCCUGUGCAAGGGCUGGAAUUGGCGUCUAGCACGGGCCAGCCAGGGGUUAGCCUCCCACUUGCCUCCUUGGGCUAUUCACACACUGGCCAGUUGGGGCCUGCUUCGUGGUGAGCGGCCCAGCCGUAUUCCCAGGCUGCUACCGCGAAGUCAGCGAAGUCAGCGCCGGCUCGGGCCCUCUGCCUCCCGCCAGCCAGCAGUAGGGACUCUAGCUGGGCGGAGAUCCCGGACUCGCCGGUCUCAGGCCCUGCCUCCCUGGAGGUGACCGCCAACUCUAGCUCUUCCUCAGUCCAAAUCUAGAGCAUUGAGCACUUUAUCUCCCACUACUCAGUGAAGUUCCUUCAGUUCCAGCCCUCUCCUCCCUUUCACUCCUCCUUCCUCGGUAUGCUGCCCACCCCACUCCCAGACCACCGGACCUCUAGACUGGCAGCCUCCUCUACCAUGGAGUCAGAAGUUACACUGUGUGUUCUGACGCUCCCCCACUCUAUAAGUUAUUGCUGUUUUCCCGCUGUGUGUGUGUUCAUCCUCACCCUCAUCAACUCAGGCCUGGGGCCAGGGGCGGCGGUGGGUGGGAAGAGUCAUGUUUUUUUUUCUCUCUUUGAUUUUGUUUUUCUGUCUCCCUUCCAACCUGUCCCCUUUCCCCCACCAAAAAAAAAAAAAAAAAAAAAGAAAAAGACAAACACAAAUAAAAUAUCUGAGCGGAACUGUACCUUUGG